UGAAAUGUGUCAAUGACAAAAGUAGAACAGUGUUGUGCCGAUAUGGAGGUAAUAGAACUAAAGGAUAUAACUGAUGGAGCAAUAACAGGCGAUACCGAUGAGAUGUGGAGCCUGGUCGACAGUGGAGGAGCGGACGGCAAGUCUGCGCCGUGCUCCCGCGGCAAGCACUCCGCGACCUUACUAGGGGGCUUCGUGUACGUGCUGGGGGGGCGAGGGUCUGGAGGUUCCGUGCCGCUCAGAGAUUUCUGGAGAUAUAGUCUUAUAACAGGAAACUGGGAGAAAUUGGACUGUCGCGGAGAGCAUCCUCCGUCUCUCCAAGAGCACACGGCGACCGCGCACGGGCACAGGAUUUACGUGUUCGGCGGCGAGGCGGGGGCGCUCACCAACGAGACCCCGCUCUGGAUAUACGAUACAGAGACACAAAUCUGGCGCAAGCUUCCCGGCCAAGUGAACUACACUUCCUCCGUGCGUCGUCGCGCAAGGGACCCUCGUGGCGCUGUCAGUGGACCUCGAGGUCGGAGGGGACACACAGCUCAUGCCCUUAAGGACUGUCUCCUCAUUUAUGGAGGGUACCAGGAUUUGAAGGGAUCCACUAAUGAACUCUGGGCGUUCCACUAUGAAUCCGAGUCGUGGCACCAAGUCCGGACGUGGAACCCCGGGCCGGCGCGCCACCGCCACGCCGCCGCGCUGCACGACGAGCGCCUGUACGUGCACGGCGGACAGUGCGACCUGCGGGACUGCGCCGACCUGUGGUUCUACGACACCAUGUCGCGCGUGUGGCGGGAGGUGCGCGCGCGUGCGGGCCCGGCGCCGCGCAGUGGGCACGCGGCGGCGCGCGCUCGCGCACACCUCUACAUCUUCGGGGGAGACUCACAUUCACACCCGCACAACGACCUGUGGCGGUUUCAUUUUGCAACAGAAACAUGGGAGCACAUUCCUAAUACAGUAAAGUGGCCCUCCCCUCGCACCGACACGUGCGCCAUCCUCCUCCCGCGACGACCGCCUCGCGCUCCUCCCCGGUCCCCCCCGCUCGCCCACCCGACCCUGGCGCGGCCUCCUCCCCCACCUGGGAACAUCCUUCGUGAAAUCUCCAAGCUGUCUGCCUUUCACAUCCGUCGCGCCGCUCGCUGCUCCUACACUGCCCUCGCCGGGAACAAGGACUCUACUGAAAGCUUAGUUCCAUCCGAAUCGACGCUUCCGAAGUCACAAUCUGCCUUCCACAUGGAGCGGCGCGGACAGUGCAGCCCGCGGGAAGGGGAUGUACCCGACCUCACGCGUGACCCACUCUCCGUGCCCGACUUCGCGGACAUGGUCACAACCCCCACUCGAACCACCAAGCUCGUCUACCUGGACUCUGAAGAUGAAGCAAACGGGAAGAGAGACGUCACUGUUAAAAUGGACAGCGAGACCACCGUGGUCAUGCCCAAGUCAGCUUCUGUCCGGUUCACCAAAACUGUGACCAUUACAGACGAAGAGGACACCGAGAUGUCCACUUCAGACUACGCCAGCGCCGAGAAAGUGAACAGAAUAUCGGGAAACGGUUUCAGUAAUCCUCACUACUUGGGUCCAGAUGUGAGGAACUUGAACCUGGCUCUGACCCCCGACUCGGGAGUUGCGCCUGGAGACAUAGAGCUGCAAGACAUGAACGUCGGUCGGCGGGCGGCCAGGCCCGGGGACACGCCACUGUACCUGCUCAUCGUGGGCGGGAAGGAAACCCCGCACGUGGCCUUGAUGCAGAGCCCUCUGUCUAUGUGGGCUUAUAGACUUCACUAAAAUUGUAUAUUUUUUUAAAGCACAAAUGUUAAUACAGUAAUAAAUUACGAAUUGUCAUUAGAAGCAUAACUAAUACAAUGACAUUUUUUAGUAAGUGGUAAAACUGUUUAGUAAGAAAUUUAAAAGAAUUUCAUAAAAAAUGUAGUAUUUUGCAAUCAUAAUAGACGCUCCUGGCAACCCUGCCGCGCCCGCCACGCCGCCGCCACGUCGCGGGCGAGUGGCGGGCGACGUUGCGUGACCGUCAAAUGUAACAUAGUUUAAAAGUUUUAUUAUCUAUCAACUCUAUUGACAAAAUUGGCUUUUGUUUUAUUCUGAGCAGUAUUAACCUAAUAAAUGUUGCCAAAACAUAAGAUUGUCAAACGUGAAGCAUUUAAAUUAAACAAUCUGAUACACGAAAAUAAAACCACCGACAUUCGCAAGACAAAUCAUAAAUUAUUUAGAAAGGGGUCUUAAAUUAAAUUUCAAACUGAUUACAUUAUUGUAGUGUAUUUAUAAAUUAUUAUUAGUAUUUCAUAGUUUUGAUGUCCAUUCAUUACUUAAAAGCUUUAGUUUUAAUAACAUUCUCUUAAACUAAGUCCAAACUUUAGUUAGAUAUCCGCCUUACCGAACUUUAGACGGAAUAUUUGAAAAUAUUGUAGGCAUUUUUUUUCAUGAAUUUCCAUAUAAUGCCGUUAUUAAAUUGUAAUAGUUAAAUGUACAGAUGCUAACUUAUAGUAAUUUACAAUUCUCGGAUAGAUGUUUUUAUCUUAUUACUAAGUAGUUAAUUAAGUACUUAAUUAGUGUCAAAAGCACAAAGUUCGUCCAAUAUUUCACUAAGCGGUUUCUUAAAUGAUGCAGUUAGGUGGUAUACAGUAUUUAGCCUAAGUAUAAAGUCCAUUAAGUCCUUUCAAUGUAAAUAUGCGAGUCGUGCGACCGUCCUGCGCCAAUCCACCCACAUCGACAGUCAACCCGUGCAGCGGCCACGGGAAUCCCCUUUAUGUUUUACCAUUUGUCUAAUAAUUCAAAUAGUACCAAAGUCUGGUAGUUCCUCGUGCGACCUCACUUGGCCCUCUGCGGUACCAGUGUGCUUAGUGCGAGUUUUUGAACGUUCUCGAUAGCGUAAAAGUUAGCUCAUAUUUGUAUGGAAUGUGAUC